UUUCGUUUUCUUGCUGAGUCAGCAAUCAUCCACGCCACGACAGCGACAAGCAGAAAUAAGGGGAGAUCGCCGAGUUGGCUGGUUGGAGGAGAGCAGAAGACAAACAAGCAACAAGCAGUGGUGUGUGGUGUGUGCUUGCAGAGGAAAGAGUGAGUGGUGACUUGUGAGCGAGAGCGCUCUCACCAUGACCAGCCUCGACGACAGCGGAUGGGAGUUUGAGGCCUUUGACGAUGCAGCCAAGAAGCGCUUGAAGAACAAGCAGGUGUCGGAGUUUCGGUCCUUCCUCGCAGGCCAUGCACGCCAACUGUUGGACGUGGAAGAUGCCCUGGACGAAUCCCUCGGCGCCCACUGGGACUUUUUCAAGAACCCCGUCUCCCUCGACCUUGGACCACACGAAAGCACAUCUGUGCUGGAGCUGGUCAGCACAGACAACAAGGUGCUGAGCAAAGUGAUGGCCGUGUUUGUGACGCUGUGCAAUGAGCUGCGCAUGCUGCACGAGGAAGGCGCCCGCGACUACUAUGCCCCGCUGCACUUGUACGGCCACUCGUGCGUGCACACCCCGCUGCAGGAGGGCGACCUGCAGCUGCUGUUUGGGCGCAUGAUCCCGCUGCUGCAGCGCAUCUCCGUGUAUGUUGACCGCAUCACGCAGGUCGUCAAGAACGGCGUGCAGCAGCUGGCCAUGAUCUACAGUCCGCAGCACCAGCAGAGCAUGGACAUGAAGCACGUGAGCCUCGACCCCGUGUUCAAGCACCUUGGGCAGGCCCUCCUCUCCCUCGUCAUGCUUGAUGAGAUCAUCUCCGAGAACGCCGUACUCAACGACCACCUUGACCAGUACCGCCGUAUGCUGCGCACGGUCCACGCAAAGCCUGAACUCUUCACCCUCACAAAGGACCAGCUCCUGCCGUUUGAGCGCCUGUUUUCGAAGCUAAAGGGCCAGUUGUUUGAGAACAUGUUGUUCCAGAACUGCAUCGACCAGCCCUUUGAUGACAUGACCGUGAAGGUCAGCGGCAACGCCAUGUUCAAGGCCCACUUUGAACACAGCCUCAGCACCCAACUCCACGAGCUCGACCAAGUGCUUGGGACGUCCAAGGAGAAGUUUCACCGCAUGCACUACCUCGGCUUCUGCUGCCAGAUGACGCUGUUUGCGUCUGUCUUCCACAGCGUGGACAAGCGGCUCGUGCGCCAGAUGUGGGCCAUCAACAAGCGCGUCCCAGCCGUGCACGUCUUUGGCACCAUCACCAUUGCGCCCGGCGACUUCCUCCUGCGCAAGCUGCCCGCCAUCCAGGCCUUUCUUGACAAGAAGACGCUGAAUGAGGAAGCGAUGCGCCGCGCGUUUAUGACACACAUGGACGCCACACUCUCGUCAACAGUGCAGUCGCUGUAUCUGCACACGUGCGUGUGGAUGACGGGGCUCGACUCUGGAUUCCGCCCGCAGGCGAGCGACGGUCAGCGGCUUGCGGCGCAGCGCCAGUACAUUGAACGCGGCGUCAUGCUUGCGUUCCGAUUGCGUCAUCUCGGGGCAACGUUCAUCAACUUGCACACGAUGCUCGGCGAACCCAUUAAGAAGGCGCACGUCACUGCUCUCUUCCGCAUUGUCGAACUGCUCAAGGCGAUUGAGCUGUCCUAUUAUCGCCAGAGCCUGUUCAUCACCAAUGCGUGCCACGUCAUUGCGCAAGACACCACCGUGCGCAUCCUCAAGUCGCUUCGCCGCUUGCAGCACGACGCUGAGAAGUCAAAGGUUGGAAACCACACAUGCUGUAAACGCGUUUGUGUGUGUGUGUGUGUGUGUGUGUGUGUUUGUCUGUGUGUGACGGAGGAGCCGCUCGUGCAGCCGUUCAAGGACGAACUCCUCGGCCUCUUCCGCCAACAUGUGAUCACACCGCUGUGCGAGGACAUUGAGACAGACCUCCGCUUCCAGAUCCUCACAGAUGUGAUUGCGAAAUCAGAAGAGAAGAACCCGCUGCAGUCAGAGGUCAAGGACCUGACCCCAUUCAUCAACCUGUCGCCCAUCAACUUUGAUGGGCUGACGGUGAAUGUGAAGACGGAAGUGACGCACUACCUCGACACAACCUUCUACAACAUCACCACCGUGGCCCUCCAUGACUGGCGCAGCUACGGACAGAUGAAGAUCCUUGCCGAGGCCAAGUACGGGCUGAGUCUGCAAGAGUCCCAUCUUCCCAGCGGAACCCUUGAGCAGGGGUUGGAUGUGUUGCAAAUCCUCCGCAACAUCCACAUGUUUGUUGUCAAGUACAACUACAACCUGAACAAUCAGAUUUUCGUUGAGAAAUCGUCAAAGAACAAGUUCCUGAACACGAUCAACAUCCAGCACUUUGCCAACUCCAUCCGCACCCACGGCACGGGCAUCAUCAACACCGCCGUCAACUUCACCUACCAGUUCCUCAGCAAGAAGCUGCGCACAUUCUCCAUGUUCCUCUUUGACGAUCACAUCAAGUCAAAGCUCAUGAAGGACAUCAAGUACUACCGCGAGAUCCGCAACAAGACGGACCAGCAGUAUCCGUUUGAGCGCGCCCUCAAGUUCACAAAGGCCGUGCGCCAGCUUGGCGUCAACUCCAAGGGGCAGUCCUGCCUUGACCAGUUCCGCCACCUCAUUACCGAGAUUGGCAACGGCAUGGGUUACAUCCGAAUGCUGCGUUCUGGUGGGCUGAACAUGUGUUCAAACGCCAUCCGCUUUGUGCCGGAUCUGGAGGACAUCCCAAGCUUUGCGGAGAUGCUUGAUGACGAACAGGUCUCUGAGGAGACGAAACGCGCCGCCCGAAACCUGGACAGCGUUCUCAAGAACCUCGCAAGCAACGUCGCAGAGGGCACAGAUUACUUCAGGAUGCUGGUGAACACGUUUGCAAAGCCCAUGCGCAGCGACAAGAACAAACAUCUCGGCAACUUCUACAUCAUUGUGCCGGCAUUGACCAUCACCUUUGUUGAGCACAUGAUCAGCGCCAAGGACCGCAUCACAAAGAAGAACAAGGAGGGUGCUGCUUUCACUGACGACGGCUUUGCCAUGGGCAUCGCAUACAUCCUCAAGGUCCUGGAUCAAUAUGAGGCCUUUGACGCGCUGCACUGGUUCCAGCAGUGCAAGGCCCACUACCGCAAGCAGCGGGCUGAAACGCAGGAGUCAAGGACAAGCAAACGAGCUGAUGACAAGUACCAGGAAGCCCUUUCUCUGUCCCUCAAGCGCAUCGAGCGAUACGAACGGGAGAUGGACAUGCUGUUCUACUCGAUCACGAGUGCACGCAUCUUCUUCCGUGCGGACAAGACCGCCGCCGAGGAGGCCGCCGAGGAGACAGACACACAGACGGUGGCUGGCACUGACCAGCAGCAACCCGGUGAGCAAGAUCAGCAGCAGCAACAGCAGCAACAGCAGCAACAGCAACAGCAACAGCAGGGUUCAGAUGGUGGCCCUCCACCUCCUCCCCCACAGCCAGACACAGCAAACUCAGGCGCACCGCCACCGCCGCCACCACCACCUCCUCCUCCACCGCCACCACCGCCACCUGCAUAGCUGGACCGAGACAACGGCUGGUGGUGGUGUCAUACGUUCGCGCGUGUUAUGCUGAGAAGAUGGUGUUUGUUUCCUUUGUCAUGUGUGGGUUGAAUGUGCUGCGAACCAACCCACAGCUUGCUUCUUCAGUUUUGCUUUCGGUUUGCCUUCGUUUACUUGUGCCACAGAAAUGUGUGUGUGUGUGUGAUGUGAUGUGGUGUCUUGACGGUCGCUGCAACGUGAGAAGUAAACCAACACCGCAAAGAGAGCA